CGCAACAGAAAUCAACAAUAAAAAAUUUCCAUAAUGGUCCUUACUCGAAGCCAACGAAAAGCCGCUCUCGAGUCAGGUAGCAGCGUAACCGCUACUACCGAUCAUAACGACGCAAGCAAACCUCCGAAGUCAUCAAAUGUCGCCCGUGAAGAACCUCUAGCGCAGUCUGAUAAGACCACAGCCGAAGAUGCCACGACCCCAUCGUUGAAUGUUGUCUUGAAGCCAGCUCCGAAGAAGGCCAAGCCGAAGCUUCGGGCCAAGACUGACAAUGAAGAGGUGCCAAUGCUGGUCUACAAGGUCACGAUGGAUGAUUUGAUGCCGCCUCCAUCAGAGUCCGUCGUAGAGAUUCACUGAGAAACCUUGCUUAUCUCAAAUUCUGGUUCUUUUACUACACUUGGCUGGGGUUUUGGGGACGUGCACAGGCUUCUUGGUAGAGUUCCUGGGUUGUGUUGAUAAGAAUUGGGGAGGAGUUCAAG